CUUUUCCAUCGCGAGUCGAUCACUCUCCUGUCCUCACCACCGCCCAUUGUUUUCCCAGCGCAGCGAUACUCUGCAUUGUUUGCCCAGCUGCCCGCUGCAGCAGCCCCGUCGCCCGCCCGUGGACAGCCCCAGACGCCCUUGAGCCGACCUUGGAGACGACUCGCCGGCCUGCAUAGCCCCAGCCGAGCUCCGGAGACGCCCUUCAACCUUCAUCGCUCACCGCACCGCGACUCUCCUGCGUCCACCACCCGCCGCUCCAGCUGCUGCACCCACACCCGACCUUCCCAUCCACCAUGGCGAGCGGCAGCACCUCUUCCAACGUCGUCGGUGUCCACUACCGCGUCGGCAAGAAGAUUGGCGAGGGCUCCUUUGGCGUCAUCUUCGAGGGCACCAACCUGCUCAACCAGCAGCAGGUUGCCAUCAAGUUCGAGCCACGCAAGAGCGAUGCUCCCCAACUGCGCGAUGAGUACCGCACGUACAAGAUCCUCGUGGGCUGCCCCGGGAUCCCUAAUGUCUACUACUUCGGUCAGGAGGGCCUGCACAACAUCCUGGUCAUCGACCUGCUAGGUCCCAGUUUGGAGGACCUGUUCGACCACUGCAACAGGAAGUUCUCGAUCAAGACGGUAGUCAUGGUUGCCAAGCAGAUGUUGUCGAGGGUUCAGACCAUUCACGAGAAGAACCUCAUCUACCGCGACAUCAAGCCUGACAACUUCCUCAUUGGCCGACCAGGCUCUAAGAGUGCUAAUGUAAUUCACGUUGUGGACUUCGGUAUGGCUAAGCAAUACCGUGACCCCAAGACGAAGCAGCACAUUCCGUACAGGGAGCGCAAGUCUCUCUCUGGUACGGCGCGUUACAUGAGUAUCAACACCCAUCUUGGACGCGAACAGUCCCGUAGGGAUGAUCUGGAAGCCCUGGGCCAUGUUUUCAUGUACUUCCUUCGAGGCGGUCUCCCAUGGCAAGGCCUCAAGGCUGCAACCAACAAGCAGAAGUACGAGAAGAUCGGCGAGAAGAAGCAGACAACUCCUAUCAAGGAUCUCUGCGACAGCUUCCCUGAGGAGUUCAACAAGUACUUGAGCUAUGUCCGUAACCUCGGCUUUGAGGACACACCCGACUACGACUACCUGCGCGAGCUCUUUACCCAGGCGCUCAAGAGCACUGGAGAGGUUGAAGACGGCGAGUACGACUGGAUGAAGCUGAACAAUGGAAAGGGCUGGGAGGUAAUGAAGUCCCACCCCUCGGCCGUUCAACAGAUGCACCAUUCCAACGUUCACCAGAACUCCUCUACCGCUGUCAACGUGCACGGUCAGCCCCACAGGCAGCCGAAGACGCACCUGCCCGUCGACCACCACCGUUUAAACGAGCCUCUCCCAAAGCCCGGAGCGACACGAGCCCAGCCCGGAAGAAGCCCAAGGGACCAAGUACGCGGAGCGGAGGUCAAGAGGAAGAGCAUGGGCGAGCUGGCACCUCCCGAUGCAGCCUCGAACCAGGCUCAGUUCCAGCACAGCCAACCGAACCUGAACCAGACACAGAACCGCGCGACACCUGCACAGAGCCCGAACGCCCAGCAGCCGAGGCGGCAGGAGCCUGAGAAGGAAGGUUUCAUGCAGAAGCUUUCCAAGAUACUCUGCUGCGGCGGAAGCAGCAACUAGUGGAGCUGCCCCAUCUGAUUUUCUGCGUAUUGCGUUGCAUCCUGGAGUUCGUUCAUUGAGCGAACUUUUAUCAGCCACGUCUUUUCCUGUAUAGGUAUUUUGUAAUGAUUGAUAGACGGGAUCGAAAUCUCCUUCCGGUAUCUUAGGUAAUACUCUCACGACGACCGAACCACCUCGACGCCAGCCUGGAUCUCUUCUUUUCAUCAUCAUCUUCUUCACACCCGGCUUUCGAGUGCACGGGCUGCACCUGCACAGCAGCUUGUUCUCCGGAAGCCAUUUAUACUGGCGUACGCGGCGUUGCGUCUUUGGCGGUACGAAGUUGGCAUCUCAUUCAUCAUCAUUAUCAUUUCAUGUUUGUUUGGUAGGAGAAAAACAUAGCAUGUAAAGGAGUCUCUUUCGCUGGGACCUGUCUGUAUUGUGGAAGUGAGCGAUGGGUUUUGGUUGUUUUAGUUAGAUGACAGCGGGCAAAUAGAGACGAAAUCUUCAAAACUUGAGUGCAC